AUGACAGACUCUGUUUGCGACGCGUCUCGACUCAACGCUGCAAUCGACCGACUAUCACGCGACAAAUUGGUCUCCAUUACCAAAUCUAUUUGUGAAAAAAGCUCCGCUACCAGAGAGCUCUUUCUGGAUUCCCUCUUCGUGGACGAGUCUGAGGUUCCCAACUCAGGGGCAACCCACACACCUGGAGCUUCUACCACAGACAACAAUGAGAUCGAAAGAGAGAUUACAUCUGCCGCAAAGACUAUCAAUCUCAAAAGGUCUCGAGAGCUUGAAAAAUAUGAUCUCUGCGUAAAUUGCAAGGAGGAGUUUGAUGUUACCGACAAUACUCCGAAAAGCUGUUCCUAUCACCCCGAAGAAUCCCACGAGGAUGAGGAACUUGACUUGUAUGACCCAAACUUCCGCAAUGCGAGUGAAGGGGAAAAUAAGAAACAAUUCCCAGAAGCAUUUAUCCACCCAUGCUGCAAUCGUCAUGGUGAUGAAACGCCCUGUACGACGGGUUGGCACCAAGGGUCUAACUUUGAAGCUACGAAGAGGCGCAUAGCAAAUGGGAGAGCUAUUCACUCGGCGAAUUGA